AUGACAAGAUGGUACACAGGCUGCAAGCUGCCUGCUUCGCCUAUUGGAAGCCGAGGACAAGGUCUGACGCGAACGAGGGGGCUCAGUUGUCGUCGAGCCACGGCGAUGCAUCAUUUUCGCCAUUCUGUCAUCAGCUCACCCCAUCGGCCCCGGUGCCUCUUUCAUGCCGUCCUGGGCCUUGACUCUAGAGCCCUUGCUCAUGUGCUGAAGCCAUUAUUUGAGCAUCCUAUUCUGUUGCGUCCAUGGCAUCGACGUACAACCAACCAUUCCGCCUUAUGUAAGGAAUCGUCCAGGGAACAGGCAAGAAACAUGCUCGUGGAGAGUAUAUCGCGUAGGCUCAUGCAGCGGCCGCUCGAAACCUCUACGGCCUCGGUGCGGGCUACCUCAGACACGCAAUGUACCGUUGCACGUCAGAUCGAGCCAAGAGGUACAUCACACGCCGGGCCGUCCAAAGUCCUUGGACGAAAGAAACAAGCACUUGAUGCGCGUGGAGAACGGAACUUCCUGCGGGAACACGAAAAAGCGGGAAGAAGGAUACAGAGCCGCCACUAA